CCGCCUCCAUAUCUCCGCCCCCGGAGGCUGGGUGUGUAUGACAAGAGAGCUGGCUCCUGUCCCCCGUCUAUAGCGCUGUCAGCCGGGGGGACUAGCAACCUCCAGCCGGCGGCAGGUGUGACGCCCUUCAGCCGGGCGCUCACCCGCAGCCAUUUUGAAUUAGCACAGACAAAAGAGCCGAGCCCCCCCCGUGCUCCUGGGGGCGCCCUGAGUGCCGUGCUCCAGACCCCGAGCCCACGCCUGGACCCGGUCAUGUCCGCCAGGCCCGCCGCCGUGUAGCGCGCCCGAUGUCACCCCUGGAGCUCCGCUCCAUUCCCUCCUGGAACACCAAAUACCGCUCGCAGCCAUUUGCCCACGCUUUAUAUAGGGCGGCUCUGGCCAAUGAGGGCGUCCGCUUGUCGUGACGUGUUUGGCCAGCCGCGCAGGCGCAUAGCGCCGUUGCCCUCCUGGAGUUGAGCGGCGGAGUAAAGAUGGCGGCGGGUUCGGAUCUGCUGGAUGAUUUCUUCAACACGGACGUGGACGAGAAAGUGGUCAGUGAUCUGGUGGGCUCAUUGGAGUCCCAGCUGGCAGCCCACCACCACCAUCACCACCACCACCCACAGCAGCCGCAUCCGGGCCCCCCCGAGGUCCGCAGCCAGGCCCUAGCCAACCAUGUUGCCAGCCCUGGGGUAGGGGCAGCAGCCAGUGCCGGGGUCCAGCCAGAGACGAAGCUAGGAAUCUCCCCGGAGAUGCCCAAGACGGGAGCAGCAGUACCAGGAGUCCAAGGAAGCGUCAUCAACAACAGUCGACCCCAGAGCGCGGUGCAGCCGGACAGUGUCCAAUCUGCAGGAUCUGAAGCCCCGGGAGUACUGAGUCAGGCCAAAGCUGGAGUCCUUGGCACCAUAGCGACUGCUCUACCCAACCACGGCUCAGGGAAUGGCAAGACGGCAGCCCUGCAGACCAUGAAUGGGAGUAAUGUGGUAAUAAAUUCUCAUGGACCUGGUGGGCACCCAACUGCAUUUCAGGGGAAUAGUAAUCCAGUGCCAGGCGUUAAUCUGGUGAACAACGGCCCUGCUCCUGUCACCAAGGGUGGUGUCAAUGCAGGGGCCAACACGGUAAUUCAGACUUCUUAUCUUGCGACGACUAAUGUGUCCGCUUCUGUCAUCUCCUCCUCAUCUGCAUCGACUGCUGGGGCAGCUGCGCAGCCCACGGGCAUGGCAGGUGUACCCACUACUGUAGCGCUGGUUAGACCUCUGGUGCAUCAGGGAGUGCCAGCCACCCAGAAUGGAAGCAAUACUGUGAUCAAUUCCCCCUUGCCGACUCCUGGUGGAGUUCCUUUGCAUAUUAACAGCCAGCCCAACCCGGCCCCUAGCCAGGUGAUCAAGUCGGAGGCCCCCAAAACCAUUAUUCAGACUCCUCAACAGAGCCAGCCUAACCCUGGAAACAUGGUUAUAGGACAGACUAUGCAAGCAGGGCAUCUGGGCCCUGGAGGGGCAGCUCCGGCACCUGGCACUCCUGCGGCCAUGGGCAAAGCGACAGUCAGCACUGUGCCUCCAAGCUUGCCAAGGACUCCUACAGCACCAGCUGGCGGCAUCAGGGCAACUAUUGCACCUCCUAUGUUGGCACCACGGGUACCGCAGCCUCCAAACGCAACCAACAUCCAAAACUUUCAGCUACCCCCAGGGAUGGUCCUUGUCCGCAGUGAGAACGGUCAGCUGUUGAUGAUUCCCCAGCAGGCUCUGGCUCAGAUGCAGGCUCAGGUUCAAGCACAGGCCCAGUCACAAGCCCAGAAUGCAAUGGCCCCUCGUCCCGCUACUCCUACCAGUGCCCCACCGGUGCAGAUCUCCACGGUGCAGUCUCCCGGAGCGCCCCUCCUGGCAAGGCAGGUAACGCCAACAACCAUCAUCAAGCAAGUGUCUCAGACACCCACCACCGUGCAGCCCACCACCACACUACAGCGGCCCCCAGUUGUACAGAAUCAGAUAGUACUCGGCAGCACGGCACAAACUGCCACAUUGGGGACAGCAACGGCCGUACAGACUGGAACUCCUCAGAGAACGGUGCAAGGAGCUGCUACCCCUACGACAGCCACCACGGAAACUAUGGAAAAUGUGAAGAAAUGUAAGAAUUUUUUAUCUACAUUAAUAAAGCUGGCUUCAUCGGGUAAACAGUCCUCAGAGACAGCGGCUAACGUAAAGGAGCUUGUGCAGAAUCUGCUGGAUGGGAAAAUCGAAGCGGAGGACUUCACCAGUAGGUUAUACAGAGAGCUAAAUUCUUCACCUCAACCUUACCUCGUGCCUUUUCUAAAGAGGAGCCUCCCUGCCUUGCGCCAGCUGACGCCUGAUUCUGCAGCCUUCAUUCAACAGAGUCAGCAGCAGCAGCCCUCCGUGCAGGCCACGACCGCCCUCACUGCAGUCAUGUUAAAUAGCUCUGUGCAACGCACAGCCGGCAAGACCACUGCCACCGUCACCAACACGUUACAGCAGCCAGUCAUCAGCCUUGCACAAACUGCACAGGCCAAACCUGGACAGCCAACCCCACUGGUAAUCCAGCAGGCACAUAAAGCAGGAGCAGUAGUACGGCCACCACAGGUCACAUUGACCCAGACGCCCAUGGUAGCACUUAGACCACCUCAAAGCCGGUUAAUGGUCACUACACAACAACAGAUCCAGUUAAACCAGCUACAGACGGUCCCAGUUGUAAAACCAACCAUUGUAACAGGAAACAAAAUGUUUCCAACAACGUCUGCGCAGGCAGCUGCAGCACAGAAGAAUAAAUUAAAAGAACCAGGGGGAGGGUCAUUCAGAGAUGACGAUGAUAUUAAUGAUGUAGCGUCUAUGGCUGGGGUUAACCUGUCUGAGGAAAGUGCACGAAUAUUGGCCACAAAUUCCGAGCUGGUGGGCACCUUAACGCGAUCCUGUAAGGAUGAAACGUUCCUCUUACCUGCAAUACUGCAACGACGGAUACUAGAGAUUGGUAAAAAACAUGGUAUUACAGAAAUCCAUCCUGAUGUGGUCAGUUAUGUGUCUCAUGCUACACAGCAGCGACUUCAGAACAUUGUUGAGAAAAUCUCAGAAACCGCUCAGCAAAAGAACAUUUCUCAUAAGGACGACGAUCGGUACGAGCAGUCAAGUGAUGUUCGGACACAGCUCAAGUUCUUUGAGCAGCUCGACCAAAUAGAGAAGCAGAGGAAGGACGAGCAAGAACGGGAGAUUCUCAUGCGAGCAGCGAAGUCUCGAUCACGGCAGGAAGAUCCUGAACAGUUACGGCUAAAACAGAAGGCCAAGGAGAUGCAGCAACAGGAACUGGCACAGAUGAGGCAGAGGGAUGCAAACUUAACGGCAUUAGCAGCUAUUGGUCCUCGAAAAAAGAGGAAAGUAGACUCACCGGGUCCUGGAUCAGGGUCAGAGGCAUCGAGCACAAGUACAACGCCCACCAGCAGCUCGGGGGCAGGUGGCAGCAGACAGUUUACAAGACAAAGGAUAACACGAGUCAAUCUCAGGGACCUCAUAUUUUGUUUGGAAAACGAGCGAGAGACAAGCCAUUCACUAUUGCUAUAUAAAGCAUUCCUUAAGUGAAAACAAAUACAUAAAAAAAAAAAACUAAACAAAAAUGGAAAAGAUCAAGGUAUUUUUUGUUUUUGUUUUUGCAAAGACGACACCCCACAUCCUUUACUGGGACUAUUUUUUAUAUUUUACAAAAAAAAAAAAAUGUGCUCCGCCUCCAGCUUGGUUUAUGAAAUGGGAAUCGUUAAAUCAAAAAUAUCCUUCCAUUUGUGUUUUUAUUUUUUAUGAAACGGCACAGAGAGCUGCAAGGGAUGAGAAUUUUUGGAUGGACAACCCCACGGUGAGGAAAGCUGCCUUCUGCAAAACAAGCCAUAUGUGGAAAAAAAAAAACCUGCUCAUUUUAAUCAAUGGAUUCAACUUUUUUAAACCUUUUCUUUUUAACUAUGUCCACAAUUAAUUGGAUUUUCAGCUUUUACCCCAUCGUCACCCCAUCUCUGCAGGUGAGGUGUUAAGGAAUUAUGCAUCGCUCCUUUUUAAUUAUUUUUGCAGAUGGCAGAGGCCCCUCCUCUUCCCUUUCCCCCAUUGCUUCCUUUCCAUAUUUAUUGGUUUUAUCUGCUUUGGACACCUCUACCGACAUGGGAUGCACAGACCAGAAUCCUCUUCAACUCUGAAAUUUUAACAAUCUACAGUUUGUGUUUUUUAUUUUUACAUUUUUUUGUGUGUGUAUUUCAUUACCCUUUUGUUUUAAAACAACCUCGGUUUUUAAAAUAAUUUUCCACAAUAAAACUUUAAAAAAAGUGUUUUUAUCUGUAGGAAAAAAAAAAUUAUAAUAACCAAUGCAAUGCUGUUAUUUUUAUUUUAGAUUUUUUUGUUUUGUACAAAAAAAUUGAAAUAAAUGUACCCUGUGGGCAGUUGCAAAGAUUAUAUGACAAAGGAAGGUAAUGUUUUAUGACAUAAAUAUAUAAAUAUCUAUAUUUUACUUGCACUGUUUAGAUUUUUUUUUAUUCAUUUUUUUUGUUGAGCGCUUCACCCUGCAACAUCUGUGCUUAUUGCACGGAAAGGGUUAAAUUAAUUUUAUUAUUAUUAUUUUUUUUACUUCUGUGAUACACUUGGUGAAGUCUAUACAUGGCUUGCUGUAUUUUUUGAGUAGUUAAUGUAGAUCAUUUUUGGCACAUAAUGGAGGAGGGGUUACUAUAACACGAAUUCUCCCGUUUUACCACAAAUUACUAUGUAAAAAAAAUAAAACAAACAAAAAUAAACCAUAAUUAUUUUGUUAAUAACAGUAUGCAAGCUCUGGAGACAGGCUUUCUGUCUCCAUGGCAAUAGCCCCGUCUUUGUACCUAUUUUUUUAUUGCGGAAAAAAAUAAAAUAUACUAAUUGGUUCUUUCUAUUUUCGGAGGUUACUGUAUUAAACUGUCGAUUGGUAAUACUUUUCUGAGUGUACAUAGUCUGGCUUUGUGUGUGUCCCCUUCCUCCAGAACUCUCUGCCUUGUUCACAGAACUCUGAUCAGUAUUUGUAUCUGACCGCUGUUACAUCACGUUGUCGUCUCUCUCCCCCCGCCUGCCGACCUUGUCUUUCCAUUUUGUUUUCUUGUACAUUUUGCACAGUUACUUGUUCAUAUGUAAAUAUAUUACUUUCAAAAUGAAGUUUUUAAUUGCUAUUGUUUUAUAUAGGAUUGAAAGAAAAAUUAACUCCUUUAUUAAAAACGAAUUUA